GGCCGCCAUCCGGCCGGCGCAGGAGGAGCGCCAUGGCCGGCGGCUUCACAGCGGCGCUGGUCCUGCUAGCCUCGGCCCUCCUGGGCUUCCGCGAGGGGCGGACCGAGCAGGAGCUGCGCUUCAAGCCCGCGCCCCGGCAGAGCCCCGUGCGCCUCUUCACCGAGUCCGAGCUGGCGAGAUAUGGUGGGCAGCAGGAGGAUCAGCCUAUUUACAUAGCUGUGAAGGGCGUGGUGUUUGAUGUCACCUCUGGGAAAGAGUUUUAUGCAAAAGGAGCACCGUACAAUGCGCUAGCUGGCAAAGAUUCCACACGAGGGAUUGCAAAGAUGUCGCUUGAUCCGGUGGAUCUCACGCAUGAUACAGUGGGCCUUACGGAAGAGGAGCUGCAGUCUCUGGAGGAUACAUUCCACAAUGUCUACAAAGCCAAAUACCCUAUUGUCGGCUAUACUGCCCAAAGAAUUCUCAAUGAAGAUGGCAGCCCUAAUCCAAACUUCAAACCAGAAGAUCAGCCACACUUCACCAUUAAGGAUGAGUUUUGACCCAGAAGCCACAGAUAUUCUCCUGCAUUACAACAGAAAAUAGACAAAAGUAAGG